GUAGAAGAAAAACCAAUGAAGCUUUGCAGAAAGUUAUUUCCUGUACUCAUCAUGGCAUCAUGUGAGGUUACAAGUAGACGACAUACAUGGAGACCCAUUUCGAUCGGUGUGAGAAAGAUCCUUUCUUUUCUGCAGAUGACAGGAAUCUGCAGACAGGUGAGAGGGUUGAUAAAGAUGGAAAGGUGAAAAUUGAAGAUGCCCAAACUAUGCGAGUACGGGGUACCAUUCCUCUUUCUAAACUGGAAGAAGAAAGAGCAAAGCUUCACAUGGUGAGGGAUUUGAUAGAAGACUAAUGUCAAAAGCUGAUGUUUCCAAAAUUCCUCAUACAGCUUUGGAUGUAAACCCAAGGAAGCAAAUUCAUUUCCUCUGGGGGAAAUUUUGUGCAUAUAAGGAAGAAAACAAAGGGGAAUCAAGCUUUAGACUUUUG